GCUCAAAGUGGAUAGGUACUAGGGACAGAUUUUUGUGUGUUAAUUUAUUAAACCACAGACCACAGUUGAAUAGUACAUCCCAUCUGCAUGACAUUCUUCUCUGUCCAUCUGAAACCAUAUACCAUCACCGAUAUAAUCGAGUAGAAAUAUCAUGGAAGAGUUAGGUGCUCUUAUCCUUUUGACCUAAUAAUGGCUCCUUUCCCCUGUGUUACAGAAAGACAAAGAGGCAUAUAUUGGUGUGUGUUUUCAAUUAGAUAUUUGAAUAUUUUUGUUACAGUGGAAGGUCGUCGACACAAAUUGUUAGUCACUAGCUUUUCCUUGUACUUGCUAUAUUCACUAUUCAGGGCUUCUGUUCCAAAUAUCCUCUGCUACUAAACAUCAUUGUUUUAAGUGAUGUUGCAAAUUGUAUGUAGUUUGUACAGCCAAUUAAUUGACUGCAAAUUGGUGGAAGCACCUUUGUUCAAAACAUUCCGUAAGUUUGUAACAUCGACAAGGAUGUUGCAUGCUUCUAUCCUGGCACAAAUGGCCUUGUGAUAUUCUUUUAGGUACAACUAGUUAUGGUUAGUAUGCACUCUAGGCCUUCUGACCACUAGCUUUGCCUGCGCUUACCCCUCUUCUUGUGACCUUUUUGCUUCUUUGUAGAGCUGUGUGUGUAGGCUUGUUGCUUUGCUUGUCUGGUUUUGUUAGCCUAGGUUGCUUUGUAUAUUGUGGUUUAAUUGGCCUGGUAAGUUUUUGCAUCAUCUCAGUGUGCUUCUUCCAAUACAAAACGACACGCAUGUUGAUGUGAGUUUGAGAAAAAAGUUGUGGUAAGUACCAAAUGCACCCUUAAAGCAUGGUUUCAAGUUUCAACAUAGAAAAAAGGCAAGAAUAAAGGAUGUCUAUCAAGAUUGUGGGAUGAAAUGAGAUGACAAAGGUCUAGUCUCCCAGCAAAUCUGAGUGAUUUUGAUUCCUCCCUACAAAUUUAAUACACACCAGAUUAGUGUGGUGAGUCGGUGAAAUUUCUCGUGGCUCCCUCCUACAUAGGCGUGUCAACUCAUUGCGUACUGCUAACACAAAUCACCACCCACUCAAUACUGGGUAUUGUGUUGGCUUCCCCCUCUAUAUAAAUAGCACAUCUGCGCUCACUCUUUGUUCCACAGAAACACGAGCAGCCACAAGUAGUGUCCAUUACUAGUCCCCUGACCUUUCGUGGAAAAUUUCUCCCUGCUGGGGAAACAGUAAAGGGGAAGGAGAGAAAGAAAAAUAGAGAGAUAAUGAGUUCAUCUUGGACAGCAAAACAGAACAAGAUCUUUGAGACGGCGCUAGCGACGUAUGACGAGGACACGCCAGACCGCUGGCAGAAGGUGGCACGAGCAGUCGGUGAUGGGAAGUCAGUCGAUGAAGUGAAGAGGCACUAUGAAGAGCUGCUGAAGGACCUGCAUCACAUUGAGUAUGCAGGCGGCCGUCGCGGAUCCCUCUACAACAUCUCCGGCGCCAGCAGUAGCAACGGCAACUCCUGGGGCAGUGCCAAUGAGGACCACAGGAGAAGGUACCUCAAUCCUCAGUGAACGCGAUCUUGGAGGAGCUGAUCCGAAGCCUAUUGCAGUGGCGCUCUUACCAGCAAAACCGAAACAUAACCGAGUCCCCCUGAGAUUACGUUUACUAUAUAUUUUUUGAGCUAAUGUGCUCUUGCGUUGUAUGUGUGUGUUGUCAUAGGUAGUAGAAUUGCUACCAAAAGAAGAUGGGUACUAGACUUGUGUAGUGGUUUGAUGAAAAACUUCUAGCUGAGGUCGGGAGCGUGCACUCCCGGCUUAAAAUAAAAAGGGAUCAACACUGUUAAAAUUCUUGAAAAAAAGUAGACAUAUACUUGAAGUAUU